AUGUCGGCGCUUGUCACGCAACUCUCGGAGCUUACGGCGACUCCGGCUAUCGGUAGUUGGGCCGAAGCAGUGGAACAAGAAACGUUAAGUGGUCGUCAUGAAACGACGAAGGACGGAAUUAAGACUGUGACUGAUAUUGUCACAGAUGACACUGGUAAAUAUAAGCAUUCGUGGAUUAUUCGUUCGUUUUUGGAUCGUUUUGCUUUGCAGGUGAUAACAACAUUCAAGGUGGUUACGAAGAAGGUUCCGAAACCAAUUGCGGAACGAAAGAAAUGGAAGAAAUUUGGCCAGUGCAAAAACGAUCCACCAGGUCCACAUGUUUCGACCACUUAUGUGGCCGAAGAGGUGAUAUUACAGUUCAUCAGGAAUCGAGCCGGAGAGGUCAGUGAGCACUUAUGA